ACUGUGUCUCGGUCUGCUCCCACUUCCAGGGCUUGGUAGCCACACAACCUAGAAGUUGGACUUUCGCUGAGCUGGGUGAGAGAGUGUGAAGCGGGCAGAGCAGGCUGCGGUGCAAUGGAGCUAUAGCGACGACGUGCAGAGAGAGAGCGAGAGAGAGAGAGAGAGAGAGAGAGAGGAGGUGUCUGACGAGUGAUGAUGUGAUUUGUGGAGUGAGAGAGAGGACCUGAGGGAGUGGGUUGGUGUCGAGAUUAGAUCUUGGAAGUAGUGAGGGGAAGGCAGCGAUGGGUGGGAACGGAGGUGGCGACGUGAAGAUGCAGGAUGAGUUGCUGCGGAAGUCGUAUACUGCUAGCGAGAUUCGCCACCUCAAGUCUCAAUUCGACUUGAUCAACACUGGAAAGACAGGAAUUCUUACUGUAAGUGAGCUGGAAGCAGGGAUGAAAGUCUUAAAGGUGCAUCAGUCAGCGACAUUAAAAGAGGUCCAAAAUAUUGUCAGCAAGUAUGAUACAAAGAAACAAAUGGGACUUGACUUUGAAGAUUUUUUACGAAUGCAGAUGGAGUUGCGCAAAGGAGGAAGAGGUUUCAGGCAGAGUCCAGCUAAAGGAGACUCUUCUUUUUUGACAAGUACAGCCACCACGUUGGUCCAUACCAUCAGUGAUUCUGAGAAGAAGGCAUAUGUAGACCAUAUUAACAUGUAUUUAGAAAAUGAUCCUGUUCUUCAACCAGUUUUACCUAUUGACCCAUCAACGAAUCAAUUGUUUGAAAUUAUCAAGGAUGGUGUUCUUCUUUGUAAAUUGAUCAAUGUGGCAGUUGCUGGUACUAUCGACGAGAGAGCGAUUAAUAUGAAAGAGAAGUUGAACCCAUGGGAACGAAUAGAGAAUCACACACUUUGCCUCAAUUCCGCUAAAGCCAUUGGAUGCUCUGUAGUCAACAUUGGCACUCAGGACUUAGGCGACGGAAGGCCUCACUUGGUACUUGGUCUCAUCAGUCAGAUUGUGAAGAUACAACUUCUAGCAACAGUAAAUCUGAAGCAUACUCCGGAGCUUGCGGAAUUGCUCGAUGAAACUGAGGAAUUUGAGGAGCUGUGGAGUAUGCCAGCUGAGAAAAUCUUGCUUCGGUGGAUGAAUUUUCAUUUGAGGAAAGCGGGCUACAAGAAGAUCGUGUCGAAUUUCACUUCUGAUGUUAAGGAUGCAACAGCCUACACACUCCUUUUGAAUCAGCUUGCUCCAGAGUCUUGUUCAUUAGAUCCUCUGCAUGUUGAAGAUGUUUAUGAGCGAGCAAAGGCAGUCCUUGCACAAGCUGAGCGCAUUAAUUGCCGCAAGUACAUCACUGCGAAGGACUUGGUGGAUGGCUCAGCCAAUCUCAACCUUGCUUUCGUGGCGCAUCUGUUCCACACUAAGAAUGGGUUGACACAAGAUGCUUCAAAAUAUGACUAUGCUGAGCUCCUUCAAGAUGAUGAGUACAAAGAAGCAUCAAGAGAGGAGCGCAUGUAUAGGACGUGGAUUAAUAGUCAGGGCACUGAUACUUUUGUCAGCUCCCUUUUUGAGGAUGUUCGAGAUGGGUGGGUAUUGCUGGAGACUUUGGACAAGGUUGCACCCGGUUCAGUUAAUUGGAAGAGCGCCACCAAACCACCAAUAAAAUGGCCUUUCAAAAAAGUAGAGAAUUGCAACCAAGUGGUUGACAUCGGCAAAAGGCUGAAAUUUUCACUUGUUAAUAUCUCAGGAUUGGAUAUUGUUCAAGGCCAGAAGAAACUCAUUUUAGCAUACCUUUGGCAGUUGAUGCGAUUCAGUAUGUUGCAACUGCUGAAGGAUCUGAAACUGCAUGGAAGAGAAGUAUCCGACGCAGAUAUAAUUCAUUGGGCCAACAUUAAAGUUAGAAAUGUUGGAAAAACCUCUCGACUGGAGAGCUUCAAGGACAAAACUUUGUCGACAGGUCUUUUCUUUCUGGAUCUUCUGGGUGCAGUGGAGCCGCGUGUAGUGAAUUGGACACUUGUGACCAAGGGAAUGACUGAUGACGACAAGCGAGUCAAUGCUACUUACAUCAUCAGUAUUGCACGAAAACUGGGAUGCUCGGUCUUCCUUUUGUGGGAUGAUAUAGUUGAGGUUCGGCCGAAAAUGAUUUUGACGCUGACAGCAAGCAUCAUGUUGUGGAGUUUGGCAAAUAAAGUUACAAAGGCGUCAGAGACCAGUGCUUCUUUAGGCAAAUGGACAGCAGCGGUCGCGAAGAUCGACGCCACCAAGAAGUUGGGGGGUACAUUGCGAACUUCCGUCUAGAUAGGUAUUUCUUUUAAAUGGUUCAUAGGUAGGAGAAGGUCAAUUUACUGAUAUUGGGGAGCAUUUCAUGGGGUGGACACCGCUUGUAUUUAUUGAUGUUCGCCUCUAGAUGUGCUGGGCGUCUCUAGAAGUCCCCCGGUUCUUCCCUUUAAAUUGUAAUGAGUUGGAUAUUCAUCGACUCUUAUUGCUGCCUAGUGCAUCAAGCUGCACAUACGCCCACUCCUCUUGGUGUAAUAUAGCGUGUAACUCUAGUUUAUCACGAAUAUGGACUACCUCAUACAGACAUUUGGGUCUGCCAGUAUUUUCACACUAGCAGACGAACUUUUUUCUUUUCUCACCACAAUGCUUCAAGAAAUGCAACUUUUCCCAAUUUUUGGGAUGGUGGGGGUUGGCAGGAUUUGGCCUGUCCUGUCCAUUA